AUAAACUUAUUCAACUCAAAUCGUCCUGUUAACUGCUCCAGGAAAAGUCUCUGUACGGGAACUUCAUAUCCCACAAUUCCUACUUCCGCAACCUAACCAUGAACCUAACUGUUAGCAGCAGGGCAUGUUGACUAGCAGGAAAAGUACCUCAGUCUUGUCCCUGCUUGUUACUUAAUGCUAGUUGCUGUAAAUGUGACGGGCGAGUUGGCGGAUAAAUGCAGACAGCUCCAGAAAUGAAAGGUGUGUGUCCCUGUCAUAAGUAGCAGUGAUGGAUGGAGAAGACCAAAGGGCGGCUGCGGCUUGGGAGAAUGGUACUCUGGCUCCAGUGGACCGCCUCCGCUCCGAGAGGGCGGACAGCCCCACACCAGGUCUGGUGGAGGGAACUGAACCAGGUGCUGGUCAGAAGAGUGCUAUGUUCGUCCACGCACAGUCGUUUGAGGAUCUGACUGCUGAGGCUGAGGAAGAGGUUCGCAGGGAGGCUGAACUGUCCAAAUCAGGAGAGUGUGCAGAAGAGCUCAACGUGCUGGUUGGAGAAAAAACUAUAGAUGAGCAACACAACAAUGACAUUACAUCAGAGACUAGGACUAAGGAGGAAGAUGUGACCAGUGAGGCAUGGAGGAGCCACAGAAAACACGUGUUUGUGCUGAGUGAGGCUGGAAAGCCAAUCUAUACCCGCUACGGCACGGAGGAAGCUCUGUCCAGCACCAUGGGGGUGAUGAUGGCCCUCGUGUCCUUUGUUGAAGCAGAGAAGAAUAUCAUUCGUUCCAUCCACGCAGAUGGCUGCAAAGUGGUUUUCCUCACCAAGAGCCCUCUGGUCCUGGUGGGCGUGUCUCGGACCUGUCAGACGGACAAGGAGCUGCUGAGGGAGCUGCAGUACAUCUACUACCAGAUCGUCAGCCUGCUCACCCUCACCCAGCUCAACCACAUCUUCCAGAACAAGCAGAACUAUGACCUGCGCCGCCUGCUGGCCGGCUCCGAGUACCUCACAGACAACCUGCUGCAUCGGCUGGACCGAGACCCUGGACUGCUGCUCAGCGCUGUCACCUGCCUCCCUCUGGCCAGCUCCGCCAGGGACGUGGUCUCCUCGAGCCUGCAGGCCGCCAAAUCCAAGAACCUUGUGUUCUCCAUCCUGCUGGCGGGGGACCGCCUGGUUACUCUGGUGAGGAAAAAGGACCAGUUCCUGCACCACAUAGACUUGCACCUGGUCUUCAACCUCGUUGGCUCCUCCUCGUCCUUUCGAGAGGGUGAAGGCUGGACGCCGAUUUGUCUGCCAAAGUUCAACACUGCAGGAUUUUUCCACGCUCACAUUUCUUACCUGGAGCCGGCGUCCGAGCUCUGCCUCAUCCUGGUCUCAACCGACCGAGAGGACUUUUUUAACAUGUCCGACUGCAAGCAACGGUUCCUGGAGAGGCUGAGCAAGCGCAGUGCCUACCCGGCACUGAAAGAGGCUCUUAAAUGUCCCAGUUAUUCUGUGUCACAGGUCGGCAUCCCAGAGCUCAGGCACUUCCUGUACAAAUCAAAGAGCUCAGGGCUGUACACCAGUCCGCAGUUCCCUGUAGUGUACCAGUCCGAUGAAGAGCAGGAAAGGCUAAUGGGACUGUACCAGGACCUCCACAGCAGCUUACAUCAUCCAACCAGACCGCUCCGCUCCUUCUACCGCUGUAGUGAAACUGAAAACCUGCUGGCAAGGGUGACAAGUGGCUUUGAGCUCUACCUCUGCUUCAGUCCGCUGGGGACCAAGGCCUUGGCCGACUCUGCUGUCAUCAAACUGCUGAAGUGGAUCAGGAAGGAGGAGGAUCGUCUCUUCAUCCUGAGUCCUCUUACAUACUGAGUCCACGCUGCGGGCUGACCUCCUGGAACAAAAAGCAUCACCCUGAACAUGGACGGGCCUGGUGCUAACUACAGCUACGGAUGAUGCAGCAGUCAGUUCAGUGUUCAUAAAUGAUUGUCAGAGCUAUGCUUUUUUUCCCUUCUUGCUUCUAGAUUCGUCUGGUCUAAUUCACAGAUUUGAAAUAGUGUAAAUGUGCAAACAAAGGUAAGUUAGAGCUGUAUUUUAUCUGGCUGUAUUUUUAUUACUUAAAAACUUGAAAUAACAGAUGGAAGCAGCAUCAGCAUCAUCGAUGACACAAUAACAACAUGAGUGAUGUUUGUAAGCUGCUGAAGUUGUUUCAUAAAUGAUUGUUUUACGGUAACAGACCUAUUAUGACUCUUGGAGUAUAAAAAUAUGCUGUUUUUGUUUUUUAAACGCUAAAAAACAUAUAAAGAAUCAACUUUGAAUUAAAAAAAUGGAAAUUUUCUGAGGACCUGCAGUAGAAUGUAUUCUCUUAAGACACACUGUCAAAAUAUGGGUUAACCACAUUCCUGUUGUUUCAUUUUUACAUGAUGACCAACAACGAUAGAACCAUCGUCAUUUUACCUCUAUGCACUUUCUUUAUGCAAAAAGCACUCCAAGAGAAAUGUGUUCAUGAGUCUGUAACCUGUUUACUGCUGUCAUUUGUUUGUGUUAACAUGUUUUGUUAAUGUCGGUGUGAAGGAAUCUUAAUUAAUCUUCCAGUGUUCAUUAGAACCAUCAUUAGUUUACCAUAAUAUGUAUAUUAAUUAAGAAAAGUGUUGUAUUAAAUUUUAUCUGCUUGUGUCUAAUCAAAGGUUCCCUUUAUUUCAUGGCAUUCUGCGUUGCUUAAAGAAUCCAGUGUUGCCUCCACUAAUCAUGCCUUAACUAAUGUUAUUGUGCAACACCAAUAAGAAGUUGUAACAGUGCAGACUUAUGGCUGCCGCUCAACCCCAAAAUUAUUAGAUAUAAAUAAAUAAAUAUAUGACUGGUAAUAAAACUGAGUUAGUGUCUUGCUUGACUGUAACCUUGGUGAUUUCUUACUGUUUUUGGUAACAUUAUGGUCAGUGGCUGACUAAAAAAUACACCAUAUUCUGGUUCGUUAGACACUUUUUUUCAUUACAAAAUUCUAUAUGUGUUCGUUCAUAA